AUGAAGUUCGGGCGCACCAUCAAGUCCUCCCUCUACUCAGAGUGGUCCGACAAGUACUUGAGGUACUCGGAUUUGAAAAAGUUCAUCAAAAAGCGCUUAGAGAGUAACAAUGGUAGAUGGUCAGACGAAGACGAGGACGUCUUCGUCGCCGAACUGAGCAAGGAGCUCGACAAAGUGUACGACUUCCAAAAACAGAAAGUCGCCGAGUUGACACAACGGAUCAAGGCGGCACAGUCCGAAGUGCAUCUGCUCGUCUCGUCUCGUGCAUCAUCCGCAACCUCGCUGCUCUCCCGCGCCAGCUCCGCCCAUUCGCACGACGCUGGCACAUCUGCAGCAGGCGCCCAGCAAGAAGCUGGUACACACCUCCGCCCUCCGACGCGGCAUCAACAUCACAGGAACCGCCAAGAAGAGGCGGAUGAUGACCUUGUCUAUGCUCACGACGAUGUCGGCACGGACGAUGAGAUUGACUCGGAUGCCGAUGAGGAAGACGACAACUAUGAAGCACACUUCAUGGACCUAGAAGAGCGCCUCGCCGUCAUCAUCGCCGAUGUGCACGACCUUGCGCUGUUCACCAAGCUCAACUAUACUGGAUUCCACAAGAUCGUCAAGAAGCACGACAAGCAGACCGACAGGCUCUUGCGCCGCGAAUUUGUCCAGCAUUACCUUAGUGCUAGGCCGUUUUAUAAGGAGAACUAUGACGAGCUUAUCGUCAAGCUCAGCAAGCUCUUCGACCUGGUACGUACGCGUGGGCACCCCGUGCAAGGUGACUCCAGUGCUGGCGGCUCGCAGAGCGCUUUCGUCCGACAAACAACCAAGUACUGGGUGCACCCGGACAACAUUGUUCCUCUGAAGCUCAGUAUUCUCAAGCACCUGCCUGUGCUCGUCUUCAAUCCAGACAAAGACUAUGAGCAAGCAGACAGUGCCAUUACCUCAAUCUACUUUGACAAUGACGAGCUCGAGCUCUACCUAGGUCGCUUGGAGAAGACAGAAGGUGCCGAAGCGGUUCGUUUGCGCUGGUACGGUGGCAUGAACAACAAGCAGAUCUUUGUCGAGCGGAAAACGCAUCGAGAAGACUGGACCGGGGAAAAGUCUGUCAAGGCUCGCUUCCCCAUCAUGGAGGAGAACGUGAAUGGGUUCUUCAACGGCACCUACACCAUGGACGAGACGUUCGAAGCGCUCCGCAAGAAGGGUAAGAAGAGCGACAAGGAGAUCGAUAGCAUGCUCCAGCUCGCCAACGAAGUCCAAUACAGCGUCCUCGCACGCAAGCUCGAGCCGGUCAUGCGAUCAUUCUAUAACCGUACAGCUUUCCAGCUACCCGGCGAUGCGCGUGUGCGCAUCUCUCUGGACACGGAGCUCACGCUAGUGAGAGAAGACAAUUGGGAUGACAGCAAGCGCUCUGGCGACAACUGGCGCAGGAUGGACAUUGGCAUUGACUACCCCUUCGAUCAGCUGCCUGCCGAAGAUGUCGAGCGUUUCCCAUACGGUGUGCUGGAAGUUAAGCUGCAGACGCAGAUGGGCCAAGAGCCUCCGCAGUGGGUGCGCGAGCUCGUCGCCUCGCACCUCGUCGAGGCUGUGCCCAAGUUUAGCAAGUUCAUUCACGGCUGCGCGACCCUGCUGGCCAACCGGGUCGACCUCGUCCCCUUCUGGCUCCCUCAAAUGGACAUUGACAUCCGCAAGCCGCCGAACAAGCAUCUCGUCUCCAUCGAGCGACCCGCCUCGGUCGGUCAUAGUGGCGUAUCAAGUGCCCCACCACUCUCUCCGCACGGCUCCAGCAGUCGUCUUGCCAAUCUUCCUGGCGGCGGUGAGAACGGCUCGCGUCAGCAGCAGCCAUACAACGAGCCCGAGUCGGAAGACGAGUUUGAAGGCGCCGGCAGCCUCGAUCAAGAUCUCGACGGCGAGCACAAGGCCGUCAUGGGCAACGAGAGCCACGUCGCACGCAUGCUCGGCACCGAUAUCAGCGACGCGCGCAUCCGUGAGAUUCGCGAGCAGCGUGAAAAGAACAUCGAGGAACGUCAGGCCGAACUCGAGAAGCUCCGCCGCGAAAACCCGGGCGCCUUCUCUAACACGAUCAGCGGCUCGCUCGGCGCCGCAAAGCGUAGCGUCUCUGGCGGCGCAACCAGCUCCAUUUCGCAGCACCGCGGCGCAGAUGGCCAGCAGCUUAAGCAGAAAUCGACUAGCAAGGCCGACAUCCUUUCGACGGCGAGCGCAUUCGACAAGUCGUACUUCACCAAGCUGACCCCCAACAACAUCUCCCGGCUCUGGCGCGCACAGUACGCGCGUGGCGACAGCGACGGCACCGGCAGCGGUCAUGAUGUAGCGGAUGACCACGAUGACGAGGAGGAGGAUGAGCGGAUCAGGCGCAUGCUCGAGGGCCGCGACGAGGAGGACGCACCACCACCACACCAGUCGGUCGAGUACAUCAACCACUUCCAAGCACAGCCGGGCAAGAAGGUGUCCAUUCCCGUGCGCGUCGAGCCGAAAGUAUAUUUUGCGAACGAGCGGACAUUCCUCAAAUGGCUCGAGUUCAGCGUCUUCAUCUCCGCGCUCGCGGUCGGCUUGCUCAACUACAGCCACCCUGGCGAUCGCACGGGCCUCAUCUCCUCUGCCGUCUUCACCGUUAUUGCACUCUUCUGCAUCGCCUACUCUGGUGCCAUUUACAUGCUCCGCGCUAUUAAGAUUCGCAAGAAGGAGAGCAGCCACGUCUACUUUGAUGCUGCGUGA